CCUCUUGUGCACUUGUGGUGAGAAAUAAGAUAGGGCAGCUGGGUUUAUAUAGCUAAAGAUAAAGAGAGUCACGAACAUCAAACAUGACUUCUAGGAAGCAAAAGAAGGCUGCUUUACUAUAUGACAAGCUCCGUGAUGUUACCAACUCCACUUCUAUGAAUAAAACCUCAAUCAUUGUAGAUGCUACUAAAUAUAUAGAAGAGUUGAAGGGAAAAGUGGAAAGGCUGAACAAAGAGAUAGGAACUUCUCAAGCAGCUGCAACUUCCCAAAAUAAUCAAUUACCUAUACAUGUUACAGUGGAAACCCUAGAAAAAGGUUUCCUUAUUAACGUUUUGUCAGAGAAGAAUUGCCCUGGUUUGCUUGUUUCAAUACUAGAAGCCUUUGAACAACUGGGCCUUGAUGUGCUUGAUGCUAGGGUUUCAUGUGAAGACAAUUUUCGUCUGGAAGCAGUAGGAGGAGAAUACCAAGGGGAGGCUGACAGCUUAGAUGCCCAGGUGGUGAAACAGGCAGUGGUGCAGGCUAUCAACAAUUGGACAGAAAGUAAUGAUGAUCAAGAUUGACCCAAAUUUCAUAUUUUGAGCCAAUGAGAAAUGAAUUUUAUAUCUCUAUUUGAUUCCAUGAAAAUGUUUAUAUAUGGCGUCACUUGAGCAGCCAUCAAUCUACAUGCAUAUUCUAAGCUUA